AUGGACGAGACCACCCGAGGCUUUCUAGCCCAGGCUAUCCGGGACGCAUUCACGUCUUCUGGCGUCGAUCAUAACGAACAGUAUAUUGAUUCCUUGAUUUCUAAAGUCGAUAAUGACGUCCUCCUAGCUCAUCUGGCGAGCCAGGACGGCAACACCACAGAGUCCCCGUUACGAACAACCGGCUCAGCUUUACAAACGCCUCCGGCUUCACCACAUAGAGAGCGUGGCUCCUAUCGGAUUAUGAAUGCACCGAAAAGGAACUAUACAAGUCUCGCAGGCGUAGAACCAAGGAAGAGAAGAAAGCGGCCCAUUUCGAAGCUUUCGAGAAAAGGUGGUGAUAAGUCUCCCUCCGACAGAAUUGCCGAUGAAUCUAUUGAGCCUGACGACGGCCAUAUGAAAAGUACCCACCAUUUGGAUAUCCCCGUCGACAUUUCCUCCUCCUAUCAAGCAGACUCCGCGUAUACAGUGAAAGCAAUGUCAUCAAUAUUGUUCGAAUGCGCGAGGGUCAAUUUCACAAUUGCACUUUACGGACAUCGAACGAGCGGUGCCCCAACAACAACCAAGCCUGACAAGAUCCAGAAAUAUGUUGAUGAGAUUUCGGAAUAUGAUUAUGAGAAGGCAAUUGACGUCAUCCGCAGAGACAAUGCUUUGGCAACAGGAAAGGGUCUGCAAAAUCGAUACAACGAAACGGUUUUCUGGAAAAUAAUUCUCAAGGGUGCUGCGUUGCUCGAUCAUACGAAGCUGCCGCCCGCAAAAGGACCCGCCGAUGGAUUCACUAUGGCGGAAAAAGCUGCAACCAAGAAGUUCAUGGAAGAUGCUGGAUACGGGUUGGGUUCAGAAAACCAACGGCAAUGCCGUAUUUUCUGGAAAAACCUAUUCCAAAUGCGCGAAGCCGGUAUUGACAAAGUCCUUUAUUACCGCACCAAGGAAUUCGACAGCUACUGCAAGGGAUAUCCGAAGACGUCAGAAAUCUCCCUUGUGGAUGCAAUGAUGAAGUGGGAGGCCCAACAUAGACCUCACAUCGAACAACUGGAAACACGGGCUCUCAAACUCGCGAAAGGUGAUUUCAUGCGCUUAUCUGAUCUUGAGAACCCCCAAGUUCUGGAAAGGCUGAAAGUUCACGAGCCCUCUUGGAAUAAUGCUAAAAAUGAAUGGGCCUUCACUAGCGAAGAAGAAAGCUUCAAGGGAAUGGUCUGCAGACUUUCACUCCUGAUGUGA